CCUUAUUUAGGUUUCAAUAAUUUGUUCUUUUAUUUCCAUUUCUCCUGACCCUACCUCUAUUAUCACAACCCGUGGAUUACACAUGCCAGUCCCCGAUAUUGCUCUCUGGCUGGUAAAACUAUUGUCGACCAGUUGUAUGGAUCCAAGCUUCUUGACCACGAAGCUUGAUGUCUCAUAUUCCGCCGUUUGAAUCAGAUUGAUAACAAAUUGCUAUACCCUGGAUCCACCCCGAAAUGGCGCUGUUACAUCGAAGCUGAUUUCUCUACUGCUAUACUCGCUGGCGAAAAUGUAUGGGACAUGGUAUCUGUCUAGAAACAAUUCAUCCCAGAAUAUAUAAGCCAACAACUACCGAACACGCGCCUACUUACCUUCAGUCUGGAUGGAGUGUGUAUUGUUGGGACAUGAAGAGGAAGAUCAUCCACAUGUGCGACCCACUGGCCGAUGCUUCUUCUUACACUGCCCAAAAAGCCAGCCACCUAAUUAUUGCAGAAAAGCUUCAUGAUGCCCUCUUCACCUAUUUGAACAAGUUUUCCAAGUCAUGGCAUGUUGACGCAGCUAAUUGGAAGAAAAACUUCCAGUUCCUUUCGGCCACAUUGUUUGACCGCAACAAGAGUGGCGUCUGUAUGAUUCACAUGGCUCAUUACUUCAACGUCAUCGGUCUUGCUACAAAGCUUGACAAUGAAACACUUGGUCAUCAGAAGAAACUCAUGGCGGCCGAGUUACUCCAGUUAGAUGGCAACCUCGCCAUCCUCCCAGCAACGUUGACAAAAAUCUUACAUGGCUAGUAUAAGGAAGAAUAGUUCUUCGAAACCAGUACUCCGUGAUGUACGCACAUCAUCUAUAUCUGAACUCCAUACUAAGUUUCAUAUAUCAGCAAUUUUUUUAGCGAACAAUGUAACGGAUAUUCGAAUCUACCCCCUGUUUUAAAGAUUUACUAUUAUUAUUCAACUAUUUUAUUCCUA